UUUCUGGAGAUUGGAGUUUUGCAGAUUUCCCCAUACAGACAUAAUAUAAUACUAAAUACCCCAGUGGUCCAUUUUUUGGUCUUUUAUGGUCCAAUCUCGAGCUGACGUGUCGUCCCAUGAUUGGCCAUUCACAGUGCAGUAAUUACACCAGCGGUGGAAUCUACUCUCUGUCGUUAGACUCUCAUCACACAGCUGUGUGUAGUUAGUUGCUCCCCCCAUUUAUUUUCCUUUCCAGUUGUACUUUUCAAUCUUUUUCCCUUCUCCAAAUCUGUAAAAAUUUCAUCUUUUUUUAAUUUUUGAUUUUAUUUACUAGGGCAGAGAAUUUAUCGCCCUUAAUUCUUGAUAUCAAAAUCCCUAAUUCUUCUCUCCCCCAAAUCAUUUCUUCUCCGUAGAACAAUUUCGGAUCCAUAUUUGCAGUAUAUUAAUUCACACUGAUUAAGUGGGGCUUAUGGGCAUUAAAGAAUUCAUUUUUUCUUGUUUCUUGCACUCCGCUCUCACGGGGGUUCUUUGAGAAUCUUUUGGAUUUUGUUUCACACUCAAUGCUCGCCGCCGCGUUCCUCUGCAUCGCAACCCUCUGCUGCUUCGCCGCCGCCGCGGCUGCGCAGCCGAGCGGCGAGCUUUCUGCCAGAGGCCUCGAUUCUCUGCUUCAAGGCUGUGCUUUUAGGGCGUUUCUCCGCCCGAGGACCGGCAUUGUGUACGAAGGGAAGGUGCCCUCCAACUUGACGGGUAUUCAGGUGUCGGCGCUGCGGCUGAGGAGCGGCAGCUUGCGGCGGAGAGGUAUCGCCGGCGGCUACAAGGAGUUUCGCGUGCCGGUUGGUGUGGUGGAGCAGCCGUACGCGGAGCGGUUAGUUAUGGUGUACCAUAACUUGGGUAAUUGGUCCACUUCGUUCUAUCCUUUGCCCGGCUACACUUUUCUAGCGCCGGUUUUGGGUUUUUUAGCUUACGACGCCGCCGAUUUGUCGGCGGCGAAUCCGCCGGAGCUAGACAUUCGGGCCGCCGGCGAUCCCAUUUCGGUAGUAUUUUCUGAUGUCGGGCCGGGCCGGGCCGGCGGGCCCCCGCGCACGUGUGUGUUUUUUGGUGUGGAUGGCUCCGUAGUAUUCAACAAUGUGGUUCGGAAAAAUACUUGUUGGAUCACAACGCAAGGCCAUAUCUCUAUUGUGGAGGAGUCGAUUGUUCCUCCGGCGCCUGCUCCGAGAGGCGGUGGCGGUGGUGGUGGCGGGGGCGGCAGAGCCGCCGUCGUUGAUGUGGGUGGAGGAAAAGGUGGGAGGAAAGAGUGGGUGAUUGGUGGUUCUGUUGUUGGAGGGGCGGCGCUAAUGGCUGUGUUGGCGGUGGUGUUUGUUUCCGUGAGAAGGUGCGGUCGGCGGAGGAAGAUGCGGCGGAUGGAAGACGCGGCGGAGUUGGGGGUGCCGCUGCCGAUGACGAGAGUCGGGUUCACCAAGGCGCCGGUGGCGCUUCACACUCGGACUAGACCGUUCUUGGAGAACGAAUUUGUACCUUGACAAUGAAAGCUUGUAAAAAAUGAAGAAAAAAAAAAUAGUUUCUUGGUUUUUUGUUAAUUGUCUCGUAAUCCAUUCAAUUCAAUUCAAUUCUUUGUUGAUGGGGAAAUUCAAUCUUUGAUCUAGUUUUCUUUUGUUCUGAAAUUGAUUAUAAUAUUCGGGUUUGGCUC